AUGGUGUUGGUCGCCGUGACGCAAAUGACGAGCAGCGGCGUGCUCCGUGAGAACCUCGGUGUAGCUGUGCAGCUGAUUGCAAAGGCUGCCGCCGCAGGCGCCAAGGCUGUAUUCCUACCCGAAGCCACCGAUUUUAUCGCGCCGGCGCAAGCCGUGCCGGCACUGACGCGCUCGGACGAGCAUGCCGAGUUUGUGCGCGAGAUCUGUGCAGCUGCAAAGCAGCACUUGGUCUGGGUAAGUGUCGGGAUCCAUGAGGCGCCGAGGCAUACAGAAGACAGUGCGCGGUGCUUCAAUUCGCAGCUGCUGGUGGAUCCGUGCGGCGUGCUUCGAGCUUGCUACCGCAAGCUUCAUCUGUACGAUGUCGAUAUCCAACAUGGACCGUCGAUCUUGGAGAGCAACACGACCGUGGGGGGUGCGGAGCUCGUGCCCCCUGUAGCGACGACGGUCGGCGCUAUCGGUCAGCUCUUGACGUGCUAUGAUAUGCGUUUUCCCGAGGCUGCGUUAUCGCUGCGUCGCCAAGGCGCACAUGUACUUACCUUCCCUUCUGCGUUUGCUAUGCGGACGGGCGCGGCGCAUUGGUCGCUGCUCCUGCGUGCACGCGCCGUCGAUACGCAGUGUUUUGUGCUGGCGGCAGCACAAGUCGGGCCGCAUCCUGGCACAUUGCGUACUUCGUGGGGCCAUGCAAUGAUUGUGGAUCCAUGGGGCUCCAUUAUCGCACAGUGCAGCGAUAUGACGCCGUAUACGCCAACAUUCUGUGUUGCUGAUGUGGACUUGCAAAUGCUCGAGACGGUGCGUGCUGAAAUGCCGCUUUGGGAUCAGCGGCGCGGCGAUAUUUAUGCAACUUUAUAG